UCAUCUGGGCCGAGGUCGGAUCUGCAGUGCAGCUCUCCCUCCUCCGUUUGGUUAGGCCUGGGCUCGGGCACAUAGGUAGUGCCCCUGCGAAGAUUCCCUCUGCGGCGGUCCCGGAGGGCUUGAUGCAGAGGGAAGGAGGAACACGGCGGAUCGGCACUGUGAUGUGUCCCUUCCGGCCGGCAGGCGGAUGACGUCAGACGCCGGGGGCGGAGCUAAGCGCGCUGACGUCAUCAACAUGCGCCACAGGUCCUGCAGCAUGAGAAGCACAUGGAGACACUAUAAAAACGCUCAGGACCUGUGUAACGGCGCCCUGCAUAGCGCGGCUCACAUAUUUUGGUGAAGCAUCUCUGAAGCGGUCGGGAGUCAAGAUGAGCACCCCCCUCACGCCGGGCUCUGGAACCGAGCCUGCAUCAAACCCUGGGACAGGAGAAAAGGAUUCGGCUUCUGCAGCCAAAAAAACUAGAAAAUGUGGUAUUUGCUGCAAAAGAUUGUCUAACACUGGAUCCAAGCCCCUGUGUAAAGAAUGUACUGCCAGUGUCAUCAAGUCUGAGUCUUCUAGUCUAAUUGAAGACAUUAGAAAAGUGGUAAAAGAAGAGGUUCAGCUAGCCUUAACUACCAGAGAACCUACUCCCCCCAAAGUUCCCCCCACUCAGGACGCCCGUAGUGUUAAAUCACUUAUCCUGGAUUCCGACUCUGAGGGGCUGGCGGUCUCAGACUCCGAAUCUGUCCAAAAACACCCGGCAUCUUCAGAUGAAGAGGGCGAAUAUAAGCGCUUCCUGUUCAAUCCUGAAGAUAUUGAUGAACUUAUCAGGGCCAUCAGGGCCACCAUUCAGAUGGAGAUGCCUAAAACCCCUAGGUCUACCCAGCAAGAAAUUUUUGGGGGUCUAGGUGAAAGGAAGAAGGCCGUUUUUCCAGUCCCUGAUAGUGUCCAAAAAUUAAUUAGGUCUGAAUGGGAAAAACCGGAUAAAGGAUCCUUUAUCCCAAGAGGAAUUAAGAGGCGCUACCCCUUUAGCCAAGAGGACUGUAUGGAUUGGGAGACCAUUCCCAAAGUAGACGCGCCAGUGGCCAAGGUAGCAAAACAUACGGCCCUACCGUUUGAAGACUCAGCACAAUUGAAAGAUCCUCUAGACAGGAAAGCGGAGAGUCUCUUGCGAAAGACCUGGGAGACUACGGCGGCCCUUCUCAAACCGGGCGUUGCCUCCACAUGUGUGGCCAGAACACUGAACCUUUGGCUAGACCAGCUAGAGAUACAUCUGGUCAAUAAGACACCACGGGAUCAAAUUCUAGAGAGCUUGCCUCUAUUAAAGAUGGCAACCUCCUUUCUAGCAGACGCAGCUGCUGAAUCAGUUAAACUGUCCGCCCGUACAGCUGUUCUCUCAAAUACAGCGAGAAGGGCACUAUGGCUUAAAGCGUGGUCAGGAGAUAUCACAUCUAAAAAUAAAUUAAUCGCACUCCCCUUCCACGGUCAGUACGUUUUCGGAGAAGAUCUAGAUAAAAUCCUAGACAACGCGACAAAUAAAAAAAGAGGGUUUCCAGAGGAAAGAUAUAAACAAAAAAGGCAGCCCUUUCGUGACCGAUUUUUUUCAACCCGAAAAUAAAAAAGAUAAAGGGAAGACUGGGAGGUGGAGCUAUGCGAAGGGAGGCAGGGGGAGAAGCUUCCUCUUCAACCCAAAUCGGGCCGAAGCCUCCUCAUCCAACAACAAACAAUGACGCCAUACCAGUGGGGGGAAGACUCAGCUCCUUUCUAAGAUCUUGGGAGCAUGUAACAAACAGCCGGUGGAUCUUAAGUAUUAUACAAGAGGGUUAUCUGAUAGAUCUUCUCUCUUCCCCUC